AUGCGUCCCCUGCAUAACGCCCUGCUUCCCCCUUUCCCCUGUCUUCCCUACACCAUUAUUCCCCCUCUGCCCUCCUUGCCUUACGCCCUUGUUCCCCCCAUCCUCUCGGCCUUACCCCCUUCUUCCCGUUCUCUUCCUUACGCCCUGCUUCCCCUCUUUCCCUCUCUGCCCUCCAUCCUACUCCCCCUUAUCCCCUCUCUGCCUUACACCCUUCCUCCCCCUGUCCCCUCUCUGCCUUACCCGGUCCGCCAUUCCCACCUUUCUGCCUUAUGCCAGUCUCCCCCUUUUCCCAACUUCCAUACGCUCUUCCUCCUCCUUCCCCCUCUCUGCUUUACGCCACUCUGCCUUACUCCCCUACUUCCACCUUUUCCCUAUCUCCCUUGCUCUCUUCAGCCCCCUUCCACCUUUGACCACCAGAUAAUGCACCGUUGGUCCCCUUUGUUCCUUUUCUCAACCCGCCACCCUGUUCUCCCCUCUCCGCUGUACACCCUCCUUCUCCCUCUUUCCUCACUCCCUUACCCCCUUCUUCCACCUAUCCCCUCAACGCCUUACACUCUUCUUCCCCCUUUUCCCUCUCCACCCUACACCCGUCUUUCCCAUCUCCCCUCUCUGCCUCCCUCCCAUCUUCCCCCUUUCCCCUCUCUCCUUACACUCUACUUGCCCCACCAUGCGUUCAGUGCCUUACACAACCUACUUCUUCUUUCCCCUCACAUCCUUAUGCCCUGCGUCUCCCUUCCCCCACUCUCCUUACACUUUUCUCAUUGCACCAUGAGUUCACAGCCUAACGCCUGCUUCCCCCUUUCCCCUCUCUGCCUCACACCCUUCUUCUUCCUUUCCCCACUCUGCAUUACCACCUUCGUCCAUGUCUCCAACCUCGGUGCCUUGCACCCUGCUUCCCCCUUUUCCCUCUCUUCCCUACACUCUUCUUCCCCCUCUCCCAUCACGGCCCUACACCCUUAUACCCCCUUUUCGGGCACAUCGUUAAACCCUUCAAUCCCCACCAUGCGUUCUCUGCCGUCCCGCCCUUCUUCCCCUAUUCCCCACACUGCCAUACCUCCUUCUUCCGCUUUUACACCCUCUCUGCCUUACGCCCUUCAUCCCCCUUUUCCCCUCCUCCUUUUUUUCCUCUGCCCCCUUUUCCCCUCUCUUCCCUUCACCAUUCUCGCCCCCUUCCCCUCUCUACCUUACACCCUUCUUCCCCACCAAGCGUACUCUCCCUAUCGUCCUGCUAAACCGCUUUUCCCCCUCUUCCCUACACCCUGUUUCCCCCUCUCUCUGGUAUGCCUUGCGCCCUGCUUCCCCCUUUCCCCUCUCUUCCCUACACCAUGCGUCCCCCUCCCCCUUGUCUACUAA